GGUAUAGUGACGGUGUUCUGCAGUCGUCUGGGUUGGCACAACAUGGAACUCUUGCUGUCGCAGUUUCAGAGCCGCUUGACAUUUGGCGUGCAGCGCGAGCUCUGCGAUCUGGUCCGCCUGGACCUGCUUAACGCUCAGCGGGCCCGAGCGCUCUACAAUGCCGGUUUCAUUACCAUCAGCGAACUCGCCAGAGGGAACGUCACUGACGUGGAGGCGGCACUGAAGAACGCAGUGCCCUUUAAAAGUGUCCGCCGAGCCGUGGAUGAAGAUGAGGACGCGGCUCAGGAGCGCCGGGCAGCUCGGUGCAUCUGGAUAUCCGGGAAGAAGGGGCUGACCGAGAGGGAAGCGGCCGAGCUGAUUGUGGAGGUGGCCCGGAAACUGUUGAGGGAAGACCUGGCAGGGAUGGGGAUACGGUGGGAUCCCGACGGAAGCUUCGAUUCCUCGCUCACCCCUUCUGGAUCGUCUCCGGGCAACAGCGUCCAUUCUCCCUCCGGGCAAGACAAGAGGUCAGAAAAGGCCUCGACGUCAGCCGGGAAUCCACCGGAAAGUGAUCCACGCGCGGGGAAAAGUGAACACACCGCAGAUCCUGAGAGUUUCAAGACGACCACAUUGACCAGCACUAUGGGACCAGGACAUGUACAAAACUCGGCGCAGGAGGCAACCUUACCUACCAAGAAGGAGGUACUCGUGCACCAGAAUGAUGGCUUGUCCACUGAACCCCCAAUAACCAGAGCAAACGUUGCAUUGGACACCAAUAAAGAGAAUAUUCCAGAACCUUUGUCACAUGCUUCCAAUGAAACACAACCUAAGAGAACAUUAACGAGUCCACCGAUGACCGAUCUUUUCAAGAACAUUCGGGAGAAGGUGGACAAUAAACCAAGAGGAGAAUCUUCAGUUAGCAUUGACCCGGACUCUGAUGUUCUGCGAUAUGACCCGGUGAUGAAAGGGACGGCUGGAGAGCAAAAUAAGAAAUUGCCCCUUUGUGAAAUAAAAGAUCCCUCACGGUAUAUACAAGGAGAACGUCCUGACGUAGAAGGUACAGGAGCUGCCAAUGCAUCACCACCAGCUCCCUCUGAGCCUUCCGACACGCUCCAGAAACCUCAAUCUGUUCUUGGAUCCAUUCCCCUCAAACAAGAGGGGACGGAGGCCCCUUGUAGACCAACAGAGCCGACUUCUGAGACCUCGGAAACAAAAACCGUCCCGCGUUUCCUUGGAAACGUCCGCUCUCCAGAUAUCUGCGCGGCAUCGAGGACUUUUGAGGACAGCUUUCAGUUGGACACUCAGACUGAGAAGUUGAUGCAGCAGCAGGCGGCGCCGGAGACGGAGCGGCGAGACGGAGAUUCAAAGCCGGAAGCUGAGCUGUCGCAAGAGAUCUCCGGCACGCAGAGCCUGGCCGCCGUUGAGGUUGUUAGAGAGAGGGCACAUGUUGAUGCUGGAGAUCCAAGAGGAGAACAAAUGAGCCAUUCAAGUCUGGUGACCGUGAAUGGUGUUCAGGAAGGUUUAAAUGGCUCAGGUGAGCCCAGAGAGGUCUCUGGAGGACCGGAAAGGGAGGCACCGUUGAAGAACUUUGAGACGUACUCAUGGUUGAAGGGUAAUGAUGUUUCCCUCACAGACACGCAGCUCCAGAGCUUCUUUCAGACUUUACAUACCCAACCUACAAAAGAGAGAAGUCCACCACAGAACCUUGACCGGGUCUCAUCUGAGAUACAGAACUAUGUCGCUCCGGAAGAAGAAGAUGGUUCACAUUGUAAUAAAGUUGCAGAAACGAGUCUGAACAUGAGCGACAGUUUUCUGUUUGACAGCUUCAAUGAGGAUCUGGGUAUUGUCCCUAAAUUAGAGGAACCUGCCAUAAACCCAGCAAGUGGAGGUGACAAAGAGCCAGAGGCUACGGUUCAGCUCGGUCUACCUGCUGAAGACAUGACGGAAGAGCAGGAGCAACCCAUGGAGUGUGGACAAGCAUCACUUUCGUUCUCUCAGCUUGAUUCAUUCCAGAUGGUGGAGGUUCUAGAUCACGCAGAGCUACCUCAAGUCUCGCAGACUAAAAUUCCCCAAUGGCCAGACCCAGAAGCAUGUGAGAUCAUGAAUCUUGAAAAGAGUCUUGAAAGACAGGAGAGGAUGGCCACAGUAAGAGAUCAUGAGUGGUCUGAUCUCUCCUUCAGCUUGACACAAGGGAUGCAAGAGCUUCUGGAUCAGUGCCCAAGUCCUGCAGGCAAUCGCAAGUCCCAAGACCCGCACAUGACUCAACCACAACAGAUCCUUGUGGAUCCUUGUGUAAAAGAGAUCUACCCAAAAGCCCUCAGCCAGGAACCACCUUUAUGUUUAGGACCUGAAUCUCCAUCUAUGGACCAUCAUUUUCUUGCUGCUGGUACUUGUAAGUCAACCCAUAAUGUUGCAUCAGAAAAACCCAAGUCCAGACCGGAGAGCCGAAAUGACCUCAUUCCUCCAACGCCGCCCAGCGUGCCCACCUCAGGAAUGAUGAUGGGAAUGUCUUGUGUGAAAUCUGGAAAGAGAGAUGAGUUUGCUGAGGGCCUGAUCUUCCCAUCUCUUGAUGUAGACGAGGAGAUGUUGUUGGGGUCACAGAGUGAACUCGAGGAAUAUAUGGAGGUUGGCGAGGAUGAGCCUGUUCUGGAUGAAGGUUUCUCUCUGCAGUUAUCCCAGGACUCUGCCCCCCUCCCGCCGUCCAGCUCAGAGGAAUUCGGCAUCAUCGACGUGGCCAGCGACCAGAAUCUCUUUCAGACUUUUCUGAGGGAGUGGCGGAACCAGAAGACCUUCUCUUUGUCUGUGGCCUGCGAGAAGAGGACGCAACCAGCAUCUUCCCGGUCCUGCAUUGGAGGCAGGUUUAAACCAGCUCGGUCGCCGAGGCACAUACAAGCCAAGGAAGACGGCCUACCCAUCCAGGGCUGGGAUGACGUCCUGCUGGUCGGCGUGGCUGUGUGCUGGGGAGGGAAGGAUGCUUAUUACCUGUCCUUACAGCGAGAGCAGGAUCAGUCAGACAUUAGCGCCAGCCUGGCCCCUCCUCCGCUGGAUCAGAACCUCUCGGUGAAGGACCGGCUCUGGCACCUCCAGUCCACAUUGCAGCUGAAGGAAGCUCAGAGGGCCAUCAUGGUGUACAACUUCAUUGAGCAGUACAAGGCCCUCGUCCUGGGCUGCCAGGCCUCCAUCACAGGACACUUCCAGGACCCAAAGGUGGCCUGCUGGUUGCUGGAUCCCGGCUCCAAGGAACGGACCAUCCACAACAUGGUGGCAAACUUCCUGCCGCAUGAGCUCCCCCUGCUGGACGGAGUGGGGACGGGCCAAGGAGUUCAGAGCCUGGGGCUCUGUGCUGAUGGUGACCAGUCGGGGCGUUACAGGGCGGCCAUAGAAGCGGUUCUCGUCUUCAGCAUCAUGACCAAGCUGAACGGGCUGCUAGAAAGAGAGAAGCUGCAAGAUGUAUUCUGCAAAGUGGAGAUGCCCACUCACUACUGCCUGGCGCUCCUGGAGCUGAAUGGCAUCGGAUUCAGUAUGGAGGAAUGUGAGACACAGAAACACGUCAUGCAGGCCAAGCUGAACGAGACCGAGGCCCAGGCCUACCAACUGGCCGGGCACACCUUCUCACUGACCAGCCCGGACGACGUUGCUCAGGUCUUGUUCAUCGAGCUUAAACUUCCUCCCAACGGAGACGUGAAAGGUCAGGGGAACAAGAAGACUCUGGGAUACACCAGGAGGGCGGCCAUCAAUGGGAACCGGAUCCGACUCGGCAAGCAGUACAGCACCACCAAGGACGUCCUGGAGAAGCUGAGGCCUCUUCACCCUCUUCCCGGCCUCAUCCUGGAGUGGAAGAGAAUCACCAACGCCAUGACCAAAGUGGUCUUCCCGCUACAGAGAGAGAAAAGCUACAGCCAGACGCUGGGCAUGGAGCGGAUCUACCCCGUCUCCCAGACGCACACCGCCACAGGUCGCGUGAGUUUCACCGAGCCAAAUAUCCAGAAUGUACCGAAAGACUUUGAAAUUGAAAUGCCUCGGCUGGUUGAGGAGAGCCCUCCGUCACAGGGCCCGGGGCCCUCCACCCUGUCGAAGCGCCGGGGUAAGAAGAAGUUGGUGUUGCCGGAGCUACGGGUGGGUGAGAUCCCGGAGGAGAAGCGGGUGUCAUUCUUCGUCAGCAUGCGGCACGCCUUCGUCCCAUUCUCAGGCGCUCUGGUCCUGGCGGCGGAUUACUCCCAGCUGGAGCUGAGGAUUCUCGCCCACUUGUCUCGGGAUCGGCGGCUCAUCCAGGUGCUGAACAGCGGAGCGGACGUCUUCCGGAGCAUCGCCGCCGAAUGGAAGAUGGUCGACCCCGAAGCAGUCACUGACAACAUGAGACAGCACGCCAAGCAGAUUUGUUAUGGAAUCAUCUACGGAAUGGGAGCGAAAUCCCUGGGGGAGCAGAUGGGGAUCGAGGAAAAUGACGCCGCCUCGUACAUUGAAUCCUUCAAGGCCAGAUACAGCGGGAUUCAGAGGUUCCUGAGGGAGACGGUGAAGAGCUGCACCAGCCGAGGCUUCGUACAGACCAUCAUGGGACGCCGCAGAUACCUGCCUGCCAUCAAAGACUCGAAUCACCACGCCAGGGCUCAUGCGGAGCGGCAGGCGGUGAACACGACGGUCCAGGGAUCGGCCGCCGACAUUGUGAAAACCGCCACCGUGAGCAUCCAGAGACGCCUGGAAGCCGCUUUUCCUUCUGUACCCAAAUCGCACGGACACCGCGUGCCACCGCGGAACGCAGGACGAUCAGAGAGGAGAGGCCAUUCCUCGCCUCCAUCCCGCGGAGCGUUCUUCAUCCUGCAGCUUCACGACGAGCUGCUUUACGAAGUGGCGGAGAAUGACGUCAUCCAGGUGGCGCAGAUCAUUAAGAGUGAGAUGGAGAACGCGGUGAAGUUAUCGGUCACUCUGAAGGUGAAGGUGAAGUUUGGCCCCAGCUGGGGGGAUCUGCAGGACUUCGACCUCUAGGAGGCGCUCUUCCCCCGAUCACGCCUGCUACCAUGA